CAUUCAUUCAUCGUACUUCAUUGAGUCGCCAACAAAUUUACCUCUGAUGAAUCAUCAUAGCGCCUGUAAUUCUGGGGUACUUGGGUACCUCCAUUGAAACUUUUUUGGCAAUCGAUAAGGUCACGUGCCUCCACGCCGCUAAAUGCACAAGAGCUAGAAGACCCCACAAUUGGCCGGAUGCUGAAGCCCUAAUUUUCCGCCCACCACAUGGUCCAACUUUUCUCUCGACUUUUCUUUGCAACCCAUCCCGCUCCGGCAUCGAAAUUUUGUUCAACAUCGAACAUUCGCCCAUCGCCCGAUAAUCAAGAUGCCUCCCAAAUCUGGCAAGAAGGUCGCCCCUGCUCCUUUCCCUCAGAGCAAGGCUGGUAAGAAGGGACCCAAGAACCCUCUUAUCGAGAAGCGCCCCCGCAACUAUGGCAUCGGCCAGGACAUCCAGCCCAAGCGAAACCUUUCUCGCAUGGUAAAGUGGCCCGAGUAUGUCCGCCUCCAGCGCCAGCGCAAGAUCCUCCGCCUGCGUCUCAAGGUCCCCCCCUCUCUGGCCCAGUUCCAGCACGUCCUUGACCGCAACACCGCCGCCCAGGCUUUCAAGCUCCUCAACAAGUACCGCCCUGAGACCAAGGUCGAGAAGAAGGAGCGUCUCCUGAAGGAGGCCACCGCCGUCAAGGAGGGCAAGAAGAAGGAGGAUGUCUCCAAGAAGCCCUACACCGUCAAGUACGGUCUCAACCACGUCGUUGGCCUGAUUGAGAACAAGAAGGCUUCCCUGGUCCUCAUCCCCAACGAUGUUGACCCCAUUGAGUUGGUUGUCUUCCUUCCUUCUCUCUGCAAGAAGAUGGGUAUCCCCUACGCCAUCAUCAAGGGCAAGGCCCGUCUCGGAACUGUCGUCCACAAGAAGACCGCCGCUGUCCUGGCCCUCACCGAGGUCCGCUCCGAGGACAAGAACGAGCUCUCCAAGCUCGUCUCUGCCGUCAAGGAUGGCUACAUGGAGAAGCACGAGCAGUCCCGCCGACAGUGGGGCGGUGGCAUCAUGGGUGCCAAGGCUCAGAUGCGCAUCAUCAAGAAGCAGAAGGCUAUUGAGGCUGCUACCAAGAUUUAAGCUUUCUUCUAAUACCCGGGUUGCAUUUGGGAUUUAAGGGAUUAUCAUCGGUGUUUAAGGAUUCAGGGCAUGGCAAAAAAAUGAAUGAAUUUCCAGCACAGUUGUGUAUCCCAAAUAUGACCGUUCUACACACAUGUGUGAAGUGAUACGAGUGAAUUCGCUAUAAAGUGAUUACGUUGGAA